CUCUUCAGACUCUUCAGAUUCUUCAGAUUCUUCAGAUUCUUCAGAUUCUUCAGAUUCUUCAGAUUCUUCAGAUUCUUCAGACUCUUCAGACUCUUCAGACUCUUUAGACUCUUCAGGCUCUUCAGGUCCUUCAGAUAAUUCAGCUCCUUUAGAACCGUCAGAACCGUCAGAACUUUCGUUUCCUUCAUAUUCUUUAGAUUCCUCAGAUUCUGGAUUCUGGAGGACGUUGAGAAGAUGGAGAAAACUGAAGAUAGAUUAACCUGAGGAAUAUUGUUAUGAUCAAAAAUGGGAGAAGAUCGACGAAGUUGUCUCAAAAGUUCACAGAUCAGGUGGGCACUGGGCUUGAAAGGAUAGAUGGGAUUGAAAGAGUAGGCUAGAUAGAAUGAUUGAAAUGUGAAGCCCACACUUUUGACAAAAGAAAAAUGUUGGCGAGGCGCGUAGAAAUGAAAGAGGUGGACGGGCAACGAUUGCAGAUGUUGAAUAGAGGAAAUCAAAAGAGGAGCGAGAAGACGAAAAAUGUCGAGAGAAUCGGGGAGAUUUAAGGAAUGGAAACAAUCGAGGAGGUAUAGAUUACUAUUUGCGCCUUCCACACAUUUCCCCUUCUCCUGAUCCUCUGACACCCCAAUCCGAUCGAUUUUAUCUGUCUUAAUAAAAUGGUAAUUAACGCACAAAACCAAUCCCCAUAGAUUUAAAUAAAUAAAUAAAUAAAUAAAUCUAUGGGGAUUGGUUUUGUGCUUUAAUUACAAUCUAGAUCCUAUCUACCUUCCUUGCUAUCCUAUGGAUUUACUUCAUUCCUUUCAAUUUUCUCGAUUUCUUUGACUCUCUCACCCUGAUCCUCAAUCUUCUCAAGCCUCCCUCAAUUCUCUUAAUCUUCUCCAGCUUUCCAUUUCCUUGAUAUCUUAAGCCCAUUCCCUUCAUCGGAUUUGAAUCCUCUACCUUUCGAUCCACUCGAUUUUCGCGAUCUCUUCGGUUCUCUCCGUUAUUUCAACCUUUUUAACCAUCUUUCUAAACAUUCACCCCUUCUUUCAAUCCCCGUCUUCUCAUGGCCUUCUAGAAACCUACUCGAUCUUCACUUUCAUUAGUAAUUGCUCCAAUCCAAUUUCGAUCCUCAGGAUGUUCUCCACCUUAUCCAUAAUUACGAGCUUUUCACUUACAUUUACCAGAGGCCUCCAAAAGUUUGCUCGUCUAACGAAUCAUCGGCACCAUACCGUAGUCCAGGCCUCCCAAAAUCUUGAGGUCAGUUUGAAGAAACUGGUGAGUAGGAACUAUGUGCUUUUGAGUACUCUAAAUUAAGUUAUCCACGUCCUACUUGUUGUGAAAAUAUUGAGGUCUAUACGAAACGUGAUACACUGAUAGUGUUAGUUGUGAAACAGUCGUGCAAGGUUCACAUGAAUUAAUUUUAUGUUCCCAUUGUGAUGAUAUGUUGUUUACUGAACAAGAUACAAACCCAAUUUCGAAGGCAAAAAAAUGAAGUUCGUACUUAGAUGUGGAAGAUGAGUACAAGAAAAACAAAGAUUUGCACGUGGACGACGUGAAAUCCCUUCAAGGGUGGGUUCAGAAGCAAUCGCACCUUCCGCCGUUGUCUGAUCUACAGUUGGCGAUUUUCCUCCACAGCUGUUAUUGGAGCAUGGAGCAGACCAAGGCCACGAUUGAAAGGUUCUUCACUUACAAAGGCGCGUGGUCCGAUUUCUUUGAGAAUCGAAAUCCAAAGGAUCCGACACUGAGAAGCCAUAUGGGAGUAUCGUAAUGCGCUUUACUUCCAAUACACAUCUUAUAAUCCAAUUUGUAGGCUUCUUCUACACGCUUAUGCAAUACGGACGUGGAUAGGUUUUGGGCAAAGGGGGUAUUUAAAGUCUUGGAUAUGUGCUUCAUAUUAGAGCUGAUGCAGAAAGGUACGUUCGAUGGUUGUGUGUUAGUCUUUGACUUGAGGGCCGCUACGGUCUCGCAUGCUUUGAAGAUCGAUAUCACAACGGCCAGAAGAAUUAUGUUGUACGUACAGGAGGCGUUACCUAUCAGACUCAUAGGCCUUCACGUCAUAACCGUGGGUGGCAUUGUUAAACUGGUCAAGCCACUCAUGAAGCCCUUCGUGAAGAAGGAGCUCUCAUGUUUGUUGCAUUUUCACGACUCAUACGAUCCUUUGUGCAAGUUUCUACCACUAGAACUACUUCCUGCCGAUGUAGGUGGCAAAGGCCCCACUACCAAGGAGUUGUACGAAAACAUGCACAAGUCGUACGCUGAGUACGCGGAUUUCUUCGUGGAACAAGAAAGUCUCGUUUCAAACGAAAGUCUACGUGACCGACGGCCAUCCUACAUGGAUACGGACUUAGGAAUCGGCAUAGGUGGAUCGUUCAAGAAGCUCGACAUUGAUUGAAAUAAAUUGAGCUCCACUCUGAAGCUGCAUUUUACCAUUAAGAACAAAAUAAAUUCCGUCUAAGCAUUUUCUAAUAA